AUGGCACGAAAAGCUAAAACCAAGAACCAACAAAUUCGUAAACCAAAUUACAAGACGCUUCAAGAUCUACCUUAUGAGGUGAUAGAGAGGAUCAUAUUCAAUCUUUCGAACCCAUACGAUCACCUAUCAUUCCUCAAAACCUGCUCGACAGUCUACAGAUCGUACAGUCCAAGGAUAUAUAGAAUGCUUUGUAUCAAUCAAGGUUUCAGUCGUUCGGAGAAGGAUAAUAAAUUGAUCAGUUGGUGUGGUCUUUUUCAUCUUGUGUUGGGACAUGCGGAUACUUGUAAAGAAGUCUAUUGUAAUGGGGUGAUCAGUGUAGAUAGAAUGAUUGGGCAUCCCAAAGAUGGAUUUCCAGGAUUGAGAGCUCCUCGUAAACUCCAUAUUCAUCUCAAGGACUUGACUAAGUCCGAUCUCAAAUCCAUACUUGACACUUCAUUUUCGUCUAUGCCCAUCAACUCUCAAAUCCUCGAUACCAUCUAUAGAGGAUUAGAAGAUACCACCUAUCUUAUCACGUUCUGGAGUACCGAAAUCAGAAAAUUGAAUGGAAGUCUUGGGUCUCACCCAGUGUUGGGAUGGGCAUUUGCCUGUCAACCUCCAACAAUAACAAUUACUUUGAAGAUGUACAUGACUAACGAUAGGACCGCGGCUACUAUCCAAGUGGAGAACGAGAUGGGUAUAACUGUCUUUGAUAUCAUUCGUGGUAUACAUAGAUGCUUGAAUAAUAACUUACCUCGAACAAUCAGAGAGAGAUAUCCGAAACAUCUACAAACGAGGUUAACGUGGUUCGAUCAUAUAAAAUUAGCUGAUAGACCUCAAAAAUCUCGAGUUAUAUUUCCUAUUGAGAAAGUGGAUUUGAUAAGGUCUACUGAUGGAGGUGAACUGAUUUUGAAGAUUAGUUUGAGAAGAAUUGAUUAUUGA